CCAUUAAGACCUAUUUGUACAAAAUGUGUCUUUUACAUGAAUGCCACAUUGACAUUGUCAUUUAUAAUUUGUACACAAUUUUUACCAAGCAUCAUUACGCGUGAUCCCGCGAGUUUACAUAAAAAUAUUUCGAAUUAUUUACAAAAAUGCCGGACGACAUACAAAUACGACGCUACGAAUCUAUGCUGUUCAACUACGGGACAGUACAGAGGACAGAUUACAGGGAGAAUGAGAUCAAAGCCCCCGUGCCUACACUUUACAGAGAGAAGCCUCCGAAGCGAAGAGCAGAAUUCAAAGGGAUUAAGGACACGCAGACUAUGAGUGAGAGGCUGCCCAUACCGUUCGAUCUCUUUAUUAAACCCAAGGACGUCGUGAAGACUAACCCUAGAAUUCCGCAGAAGCCUUUCGUAAAACCCGAAGACCUAGGUCGUGAGGAGGCGCAGAGGACCCGCCCGCGCCUGGUUAUGACUCCCGCCGUCAGUAUGGAUGAUAUUGACAGCAAACAAGUCCGCGACUUGCUGAUAAAGGACAUUUACAAGAGCACAGUCCGGAUCGCGACGGAAGAAGGCGUUGCGCUCACCAACUAUAAGACAGUCCGAGCUCCGUUACCGGACCUGCCGGCACCAGCUAACCCGAUUACGUUACCUAAGCUCAACGCGCAAUACGUGUCUCCCGAGUGGCGUAUGGACUCAGUUUCGUGGGAUAAUCGCCAGCUGCGCACCUACUGCGACGCCACUCAGAAAUUCUGGCUCGAAAGAACUCCUAAAUGCAGCGUCUGUGACGACACGGCGGCGAGGACGGCGCAACAGAAAAUGAAAGACAGAAUGAAAAUGCGGGCGUGAACAGGAAGCUUUAUUGUCAAAUAUACCACAAUGUCCACAAUACAAUUUGUUAGUAAUAUAAAGAGUUCAGGCCAAUAUAAAUAGGCAACGAUUUUGAUUGACCCGUUUCUAUGGUUAUUUACAGCUUGGCAAAAAAAAGAGAAGAAAUGGUGUACUAAAGUAUUUGUCAUAAGCAAAUAUUCUCAUAGAAGUAUCAGUG